UACCUAGUACAAAUAAGAGCCUUUGACUUCUAUUUCAAGUAUAAGACCAGCCUUGGUUUUAUCAAGGUAUUUUUACGUAUCAUGCCAGUAUCCGAUAAAUUUUUAAAAAAACCCGAUAAAUGGAAAAUGCAUCCUGAAUUAUUAAAAUCCAAUGUCAAGGACGAUAAGGAUGCAGCGGCUGUUGAUGAUUCUCAUAAUGAAUGA